UCCGAUUGUUCAACGUAAAAAUCAGACGAUAAAUAUUGUUCAUACUCUACAUUCAUAGUAUUUGAAUUGAACAAAAUCGAGAUAGGGGUUCAUCUACAACUGCCAACUAUGGGUGUCUCCUCCAACCAGCUCCCCGCUUUCGACGCAUCGCUUGCUCAAGAUCUCUGCGAUUUGGAAAUUCCCGAAGUCAUUCGAUUCUCUCCAGACGGCUCAAAAAUAGUAUAUUCUACAAAUUUGACCUGGAAUCACACCAAGGGAGAAUAUGCCGUCUCGACACUCUGGAUUGCCGAUACCCAUCUGGAAAGCUCUGCCUGUAGGAUUACCUGCGGGACCUUUGAAGACCGCAGCCCAGUAUGGCAUCCAGACGGUAACAGAAUAUUUUUUAUAUCUGACAGAGGAGAUCCUGGGAAAAGCUCUGCUAUUUAUAAUAUGAAAAUCGCUGGGGACAAGGCUGACCAGCCCUUGGCUCUCACCUCUACGGCCACAACCGCCAGGAUUUCGACGUUCGUGUUGUCGCCCGAUGCAAUUCAACUUGCCUUUAUAUCUGAAGAUGAGAUUUCUGAAGAUGACCAAACAAAAUAUGACAUUGGCCCCCAAGUGUGGGGAGAAAGUUGGAACUAUGCACGCCUUCGGAUUCUAGAUCUGGCCCGGCAAGAAGUCACCACGCUGUCGCUGGGCGAUUGCCAUGUUACUGGCAUGUCCUGGAACCCAACUGGGAAUAAAUUGGCUUUCAAAAGCUGUAAAACACCAUACAUCGAAGAACCAUUCUUAACAGGCAUGAGUAUAUCCAUUUAUGACUUCUGUGACGGGCAAGUUUCCAAACUUUGUGUGAUUAAAAACGAGCUCUUAGACUUCACAUGGUCUCUGGACAGCCAUAUACAUUUCAUUACUGGGUCGCCUAUAGAGAAUACGAUAGCUGGCCAAGCUUUAUACUCUUUAGAUGUUGACACCAACUCUGGGAUGCCUGAAAGGGUUGCCUGUGGAGAGGAUGACGACGCUCAAAGUCUGCGAUUGUGCCAAGAGAGACUGCUUCUGAGUUGUCAGAAACGUCUUGAUACAUGUAUAACAACGGUGUCAGGAAACACCAUUUAUACUAUCGAUACCGAUGUAUAUGCUUGGGAUGUAUUUGACGCCGAUGCUGAGACUCGAACUCUGGCAGUGGCGCUGUCUGAUGUAAAUAACCCAUUUGAGGUUUACACUCUUCGAGGACAAGAUCGAAUUCAACUCUCAAACCAUGGAAGCGCGUUCAAGGAUCGCAAAUUUGGAAAUAUCCAAGUAUUUCAGUGCAGAUCUGCAGACGACAAGGAAGAACUUGACGGGGUGUAUUUGACACCAGACGGAUACGACGCAACAAACCCUUUGGCGACGUUCGUAAUGAUCCAUGGUGGUCCAGCCGUCCGAAAUACCAAUGCAUUCAAUGCUUAUUAUUACUUUUGGACACCGUUUAUUUUAUCAAAAGGGUAUGGUAUUCUUCUACCUCAGUAUCGUGGUUCUCGAGGGAGAGGCGAGAGAUUCGCUUCUUACACCAUCGGAGGUGUAGGGGAUGUUGAUUACCAAGAUGUCAUCAAAAUUACAGAUGAAGCAAUUAAAAAGGGCCUGGUUGAUAAAGAGCGUAUGAUUGUCGGAGGAUACAGCCAGGGAGGGUUCUUAACCUUUCUGUCAGCGGUGAGAAACGGGUUACAUGGUCUCGGCUGGCGUUUCAAUGCUGGCAUUGCUGGAGCUGGUGUUUCUGAUAUCGACAGUCUUGCUGGGGCUGCAGAGAUGGGGUCUACUCUUGACAAUGAACAAAAUAAUGGACACCUGGUGUGGACUAUGGAGCGCGAUUCCCUGCAUAAUCGUAAUGGCAGUGCACUCUGGGAGAUCAAAGCAGCUGUACGUGAGGCUACGCUUCGAAACGAGGUCGUCAUACCACCGAUGCUUAUAGUGCAUGGAAGUGAUGAUACAUCAUGCCCGUUUUCGCAAUCUGAGGCGUUUCGAAGAGCUUUACAUGCGUAUAGCCUGCCCUAUGAAUUUGUGCGUUAUCCAGGCCAAGAACACGAUAUUAAGGAUCAGAGAUUUUGGAUCGAUAUGUUGGAACGUAUAGGACGAUGGUGUGACAUAUAUAUAGGGCCAGGGUUCAGAAAAGAAUAA